AUGUCAAUUGUAUUAGAAACCUCAUUAGGAGAUAUAAUUAUUGAUCUACACCCUCAAGUUAGUUUAGCAGCCAAGAACUUCAUAAAAUUGUGCAAAUCCAAAUUUUAUAAUGGAGCGCUUUUUUACAAUGUUUAAAAAGACUACUUGACAUCUAUAAAAUCUGUAAACCCGGCAACAACAAUAUAUAACUAACCUUAUUUUGAAGAUUAAAUCAAUCCAUUAUUAAGAGUAUCUAUGUAUAAGUAUAUUUUAGCAUAAUUAAUAUGGAGUUGUAGCAACAUCGAAUUCAAAACCACAUGCAAAUAAUUCAGAUUUUUAUAUUUUAUUGACACAAAAUGCUCCCUAAUUAGAUGGCAAACAUACAAUAUUUGGAUAAGUUUAGGAGGGUUUUGAAGUCCUAUAAUAAAUAAAUAGAACUCAUAUAGAUGAUGAUGGCAGACCACUUUUAAAUAUCAGAAUUAAGCAUACCUAUAUUCUUGAUGAUCCAUUUGAAGAUUUGCCAAAUAUGAUAUACCCUUCAAGAUCUCCAUCUCCAAAUUAUAAGGCUGAAGGAAGAAUUGAAUAUGAUGAGAAAGUAUUAAUUGAAGAGGAUGAAGAAUAAUUACUAUAAAAGACUAAAUAACAUUAAGCAAAGAAAAGAGCUGUUACAUUAGAAAUGAUAGGAGAUAUUCCUGAUGCAGAUAUGAAACCACCUGAAAAUGUAUUAUAUGUAUGCAAAUUAAAUCCAAUUACUGAAGAAAAGGAUUUAGAGGUUAUUUUUUCUAAAUUUGGGCUUAUUAAGAAUUGUGAAGUUGUAAGGGAUUGGAAAACAGGAUCUUCUCUUUAAUAUGCUUUUAUAGAAUUUGAAACUAUUGCAGCAUGUGAAGAAGCCUAUAUGAAAAUGGAAAAUGUAAUUAUAGAUGAAAGAAGAAUACAUGUUGAUUUCUGUUAAAGUGCUCAUUAAUAAUGGUCUUUAUUAAAAAAAGCAUAAAGAAAAAAGAAAGAAUUGAAUUUAUAAAGAGAGUUAGCUUAAAGAAGUAAAAAUAAAGAUCAUAGCUUUAUUGAAUCACUUGAAUUAAAAAAAGAUUAUUUUCAUACUAAAGCAAAUAAUGAUUUUGUUAUUGAUUAAUAGGAAUUAUAAAAGUUAUAAGAAUAAUAAUUGCUUUAAUUGUAAAUGUAAUUCGAUAGUUAAUAAUAAAAAAUAUAAUAACAAUAAUAAUAAAAGUAGGAAAAAAUAAAAAAAGAUAAAAAAAAUAAAAAAAAAAGUAAUGAAAAAAAGACUAAAAGACAUAGAAGCUCUAGUUCUGAUGAAAGUGAUAGUGAUAGCUAAUCUUAUAAAAAUUAAAAACUAAAAGAUAAACAUAAAAAUAAACAUAAGUCAUAUGAUAGAGAUGUUUCAAGAGAAAAGGAUUAACAAAAAAAAAAAGAGAAGAAAAAAAUAAAAGAACUUGAAAAAUAAUAAGAUUUAGAAAAAUAACAAUAAAUUUAAAAAUAAAAUGAAAAAUAAAUAGAGUUUGAAAAAUAAUAGGAAAAAGAAAAAUAAAAAGAAAAAGAGAAAGAGAAAGAAAGAGAAAAAGAAAAAGAAAAAGAAAAAGAAAAAGAAAAAGAGAAGGAAAAAGAAAAAGAGAAGGAGAAGGAAAAAGAGAAAGAAAAAGAAAAAGAAAGAGAAAAAGAAAGAGAGAGAGAAAAAGAAAGAGAAAAAGAAAAGUAAAGAGAAAAAGAAAAAUAAAGAGAAAAAGAAAAGUAAAGAGAAAAAGAAAGAGAAAGAGAAAGAGAAAGGGAAAGGGAAAGAGAAAAAGAAAAAGAAAAAGAAAGAAAAAGAAAAAGAGAAAAAGAAAAGGAAAAAGAGAAGGAGAAGGAAAAAUAAAAAUAAGAGGAAUAGAAACUAAAAGAAAGAGAAUAACAAAAAGAUAAUGGAAAGAAUAAGGAAAAAAAUAAAUAAUUAGAGAAUGAAAAUGAUGGACCUCAAAAAGAUAGUUCAAAGGUAAAAUAAGAACAAGCACAAUAAAAUAAAUAAUCAAUGAAAUCAAUAUAAGUAAUUAUUUAAUUAUAUUAAAUUUAGAAAAAGAGAAAAAGUAAAUCAAGUUAAUCAUCAAAUGACUCAUCAUCUUCUUCUUCGUCCUCAUCAUCAUCAGAUUCCGAUUCUUCGUCUGAAAGUAGUUCAUCAUCAUCCUCAGAUAAAUGAG